GUUUUUCCCCUUGCAGCAGCAAGAUGGCAGCUAUCUUGAAGAUCCUCACAAGCCAUCACCAUCUCCUGUGGUACACGUUAGAGGAUUGUCUGAUGGAGUUAUGGAGGCGGAUCUUGUAGAGGCACUACAGGAGUUUGGUGCCAUCAGCUAUGUUGUGAUGAUGCCCAAGAAGAGACAGGCAUUAGUGGAGUUUGAAGAUCUGAAUGGUGCAUGUGCUUGUGUGAACUUCGCAGUUGAAAGCCAGAUCUAUGUCGGUGCGCAGCCUGCUUUCGUGAACUACUCGACUAGUCAGAAAAUUUCCAGACCUGGUGAUUCUGAUGAUUCCAGAAAUGUGAACAACAUACUGCUGUUCACAGUGAUGAACCCUAUCUAUCCAAUUACAACAGAUGUUUUGUACACCAUAUGCAAUCCAUGUGGACCUGUGCAAAGGAUUGUCAUAUUCAGGAAAAAUGGAGUCCAGGCAAUGGUGGAAUUUGACUCGGUACAGAGUGCACAGAGAGCAAAAGCAUCUCUCAAUGGAGCAGACAUUUAUUCUGGGUGUUGUACUUUGAAGAUUGAAUAUGCAAAGCCUACUCGAUUGAAUGUCUUCAAAAAUGAUCAGGACACAUGGGACUAUACAAAUCCUACUUUGGGAGGACAAGGCGAUCCUAACAAGCGCCAGCGCCAGCCAGCCUUGCUUGGAGAUCAUCCAUCUGAGUACGGGGCUCCACAAGGAGGAUAUAGUCACUAUCCAGAUGAUGAUUAUGGUCCACCUGCCCAUUAUGAACGUCGAAGGAUGGGAGGACCACCUCCAGUGGGGGGCCCUCACCGGGGCCCACCCAGUCAACGCUAUGGACCUCAGUAUGGACCUCCACCUCCACCGCCUCCACCAGAAUAUGGUCCUCAAGCAGAGAGCCCAGUACUGAUGGUUUAUGGUUUGGACCCUUCAAGAAUGAAUUGUGAUCGAGUGUUUAACAUCUUCUGUUUGUAUGGAAAUGUGGAAAAGGUGAAGUUCAUGAAGAGUAAGCCAGGUGCUGCCAUGGUAGAAAUGGGAGAUGGAUUUGCUGUGGAUCGUGCCAUCAGCCAUUUGAAUAAUACUUAUAUGUUUGACCAAAAAUUAAAUGUCUGUGUAUCCAAACAACAGGCUAUAAUGGCUGGUCAAUCAUAUGAGCUUGAAGAUGGGUCUUGCAGUUUUAAGGAUUUCUCUGGCUCCAGAAACAAUCGCUUCACCACUCCAGAGCAAGCCAGCAAGAACAGAAUUCAGCACCCAAGCAAUGUCCUACAUUAUUUCAAUGCCCCUCCAGAGGUGACCGAGGAAGCCUUCUGUGAGGUAUGUGAUGAGCUGGGUUUGAAGAGACCAUCUGCCUUCAAGUUAUUCUCUGGAAAGAGUGAGAGGAGUUCCUCUGGCCUGAUUGAGUGGGAUUCAAAGAAUGAUGCCAUGGAAUCAUUGUCUCUGCUGAAUCAUUAUCAAAUGAAAAACCCAAGUGGCCCUUACCCAUACACUCUGAAACUCUGCUUCUCCACAGUGCAGCAUGCAGCAUGAAAACUCAAAAUACUUCAGACAAGAUGGACUGCUAGCCAUUCUCCAUUGUUGUGACUGUUUGUAUUUUUAGUAUUUUAUGCAAAGUUGAUAACUUGCAGUAACCUUCAUUUGUGUAAAAGGCAUGAGCCACAGUUUAUGAUGCAUAUUCCAGUUUUUUUAUUUUAGUAGAUUUCAGUUAAUCUUUUGUAAUCUGUAUUGUAGAAGUGAAAUGUCCCUUCACUUUUAUUAGCUGGGAUUUAAUGUGGAUCACAGCACUGCAAUUGAAUAAACAAACAGUUUAACUGGCA